AUGUUUCCGAAAGCUGCUUUCCUUUUGACCCUUGCUGCCUCGAUACAUGCUCUUCCUCGAAACGCUACAAACACUACCAGCCCCGAUGGCUCUAUACCCCACAUCAAGAGUGAUCCUGUCAUGACCAAGCAGCUGGAGAUGGCCCAGCGGGAAGUUGACUGGUUGCAAAAGUCGUUCAAACUCGAUACCCAGAAACCACCAUUUGGUUUAACUGAAAUAAUCUACGAAUCUAGCUGUUUCAUGCAAUGGACUGCCUGCCCAAGUAUUGGGAUGUUUUACAAAGAUAUUAUGAAGAUGAUACAAAACAUUACAGUCGAAUAUAAGGGUGUCGUUGAAGCAAGGGGAUUCAACCCUACGAACUCGGAUACUGUGGUGACAUCAAUGAAAUCGAAUGCAUUGACAAUUGCCCGUACAGCGGGUUGGAGUAUCGGCGCCUCGGUCUCGGGAGGGAUUAACCAGCACCAUGGUUCAGGGAGCGCGACAUUCUCGUUUCAAUAUUCGGAAAGCACAACGGAAGAAAAAACACACUCCAAAUUCGUCACAGUUUCCACGCCCUGCAAACCAAGGAGUAUGUGCCUAAUUGAAACCAGGACAUUCUACGCAAAGAUCAAGGGCAAGUGCAAGCGUGAACCCAUGGUGGAUUGUAGGGGUCACAGAAACCAGUGCAAUCGUAAGGAAGACAUUAGAGGGUACUUUAAGUGGUCCUACUGCGCUCAGACAAGCAGCCGAAUUCAAGAGUAUUGCAGAGAUACGGUUCUAGUUGACUGUGAAGUUAGCGUCCCGAUUUUCGAAGACGAUGGCGAAACACCACGCUCAACGAUUGUCCCGAUGACAUAUGAAUUUGAGGAAUAA